CCAGUCCACCACCAUCCUCCCCACACUCUCCACUCUCACUCCACUCACUCCCUCUCUCUAAAACAGAGAGAAGAAGCCCAGCUCGAUGCAUUCACCAUCCGCAUCAAUGGCGCCAAUCUUCAUCCUCCUCCUCCUCCCCCUCAUCUCCGCCUCAGACGCCGCGAUCGGCGUCAACUACGGCCGCAUUGCCAGCAAUCUCCCCUCCGCCACGCGCGUCGUCCGCCUCCUCAAGUCCCAACGCAUCGACCGCGUCAAGGUCUACGACUCCGACCCCGCCGUCCUCAAAGCCCUAGCCGGCUCCGGCAUUAAGCUCACCGUCAACCUCCCCAACGAGCUCCUCUCCUCCGCCGCCCGCCGCCCCUCCUACGCCGCCGCCUGGGUGAAGAACAACAUCGCCGCCUACCACCCCGCCACCGCAAUCGAGGCCGUCGCCGUCGGCAACGAGGUCUUCGCCGACCCUCACAACACCACCCGCUUCCUCCUCCCCGCAAUCUACAACGUUCAGAAAGCCCUAGCCAAGUACAAGCUCGAUGACGUCAUCAAGGUCUCAUCCCCCUUCGCUCUCUCCGCCCUGCAAAAUUCCUACCCCGCCUCCGCCGGUUCGUUCCGCCACGAUCUGGUCGAACCGGUCAUCAAACCAUUACUCGAGUUUCUGAAAAAAACCGGAUCUCCGCUCAUGAUCAAUGUUUACCCCUUUUUCGCAUACGAGUCCAAUGCUGACGUCAUCCCCCUCGACUACGCGCUUUUCCGCCCCAACGCCGGCGUUAUAGACGCCGGCAACGGCUUGAAAUACUUCUCCCUAUUCGACGCGCAGAUCGACGCCGUGUUCGCGGCGAUGUCCGCGCUCAAAUACGACGACGUUCCGAUCGUCGUGACCGAGACAGGCUGGCCGUCGAAGGGCGAUUCGAACGAGAUCGGCGCCAGCAUUCCAAACGCCGCGGCGUUCAACGGAAACCUAGUCCGCCGAAUCCUCAGCGGCGGCGGAACUCCGCUCCGGCCGAAGGCGAAUCUGACGGUUUUCCUCUUCGCUCUAUUCAACGAGGAUCGGAAAUUCGGGCCGACGUCGGAGAGGAAUUUCGGUCUAUUCUACCCGGACGAGAGGAAGGUGUACGACAUUCCUCUGACGGCGGAGGGGCUGAAGGGGUACGUGGAGCCGGCCGCGCCGCCGCUGAGCGACGGGGAGAGGAUGAAGACGGGGAGCGGGGAGACGUGGUGCGUUGCGAAGGGGGAAGCGGGGAAGGAUAAGCUGCAGGAGGGUUUAGACUUCGCGUGUGGGGAGGGAGGGGCUAACUGCCAUCCGAUUCAACCCGGAUCCACGUGUUUCGAUCCUAACACGGUUGAGGCCCACGCGUCGUAUGCGUUCAAUAGCUACUACCAGAGGAAUGGUCGCGCCACGUCAGCCUGCUUCUUCGGUGGGGCCGGCUCCAUCGUGACGCAACAGCCUAAGUACGGCAAAUGUGCGCUGCCCUCUGGAAAUGAAAAUUGAAGAGAAGAAAGAGAGGGGCAAUGAAACUAGAGCUCAAGUGAAUUGAGAGUAAUUUAAUUCCAUUGUAGGUAUAAUAUUAUACUAUUAAUUUACUUUUUUGGUUCCUAUAAUUACUAGUAGAAACUAGUGUUACAUAAGCGCCCCAAUCAAAUGAACUUUGUUAACUAGCUUUUCCUA